AUGCAAGCUUUGAGUGUUUGGCCGUUGGGUGGUGGCUCAUGUGUAGUGCGUCACUUGGAGUUUGAGGUUGAUUCUUCUUGUUAUUUAAGUACUAGGUGGAGGAGUAAGAGAUGGGGUCUUGUUAACACUAUUUUUCAUGCUGCAAGUUCUGGUUGUUUUAUGGUUUCUGGCAAUUCGAGGUAUAAUAGAAGUGAGACUUGUUGUGGGAGCUUGAAAUUUGGUGUGAAAAGUGGGUUUUCCUCCAAGUGUUCAAAGAUUAAAUAUGUUUGCUUCUGUGAGCCAAAGGAAGGCUCUUUUGGUUCGUCCCUGGCUUUGGCUUCGACAUUGGAGCAACAAGAAAUUGAGGAUGAGUUUCAUAGAGUAGACUCAAGUUCAGAUGAUUGGUCAUCUAUGAAACAUGAGAGGGAUAAUAGUGAUAAUGAUUUCGACAGAAAUGAUGAUAGUAGUGAUGAAGGACAAAAUAGCGAAGUAGAUUUUGGAAGUGAGGGAAAAGAAGUUGGGGAAGAUCAGGAUCGAAAGAUUGAUGUCCGUGCGCUUGCUCAGAGCUUACAUUUUGCGAAAACAGUUGAUGAUAUAGAAGAGGUUCUAAAGGACAAGGGUGAAUUGCCAGUUCAAGUGUACUCAUCCAUGAUUAGGGGUUUUGGCUGGGACAAGAAAAUGGAGCUUGCAUUAGCUUUCGUUGAGUGGCUCAGGAGAAAAAAGAAACAGAUGGAUGGGGUUGUUCCAAAUGUGGUAACUUAUAACAUUUUGAUGGUUAUCUACGUCAAGCAAGGACAAGCUAAAAAGGGCCUUGAUGUUCUCGAAGAGAUGCGUAGGAAGGGUUUUGCCCCAUCUGCAGCAUCCUAUUCUUCUGCUUUGUUGGCUUAUCGACAAAUGGAAGAUGGGAAUGGAGCUCUCAAGUUCUUUUUAGAAAUAAAAGAGAAGUAUCUGAAAGGGGAAAUAGGAAAGGAUGCUGAUGAAGAUUGGCAAAAGGAAUAUGUUAAACUUGAAAACUUCACAAUUCGUGUUUGCUACCAGGUUAUGAGGCGGUGGCUUGUGAGGCAUGAAAACUUGAACACCAACGUGUUGAAGCUACUUACAGAUAUGGAUAAGGGCGGGCUUCAACCUGUUAGGACAGAUUAUGAGCGCCUUGUGUGGGCUUGUACCCGUGAAGAACAUUAUGUCGUUGCAAAAGAAUUGUACAUUAGGAUUAGAGAAAGGUGCUCUGAUAUAAGCUUAUCAGUCUGCAACCAUGUGAUUUGGUUAAUGGGAAAGGCUAAGAAGUGGUGGGCUGCCUUGGAGAUUUAUGAGGAUUUGUUAGACAAGGGUCCAGAGCCAAAUAACCUUUCAUAUGAAUUGAUUGUCUCAUACUUUAAUGUCCUACUUACUGCAGCUAAGAAGAGAGGAAUUUGGAGAUGGGGUGUCAGAUUGCUAAACAAGAUGGAAGAGAAAGGCCUUAAGCCAGGAAGUAGGGAAUGGAAUGCAGUUCUUGUCGCAUGUUCCAAGGCUUCAGAAACAGCAGCUGCUGUUCAGAUAUUUAGAAGAAUGGUUGAGCAAGGUGAAAAGCCUACAGUUAUCUCCUAUGGCGCACUUCUUAGUGCCCUUGAAAAGGGUAAACUGUACGACGAGGCUUUCCGUGUAUGGGAGCAUAUGCUUAAGGUGGGUGUCAAGGCUAACGUGUAUGCCUACACUAUUAUGGCUUCAGUUUUCACUGGACAAGGUAAUUUUAGACUGGUUGAUGCAAUAAUUAAUGAAAUGGUUUCAACUGGCAUUGGGCCAACUGUUGUUACAUAUAAUGCAAUAAUCAGUGGUUGUGCCCGUAAUGAUAUGAGCAGUGCAGCAUAUGAAUGGUUUCACCGCAUGAAAGUCCAGAACAUCUCACCAAAUGAAAUCACUUAUGCCAUGCUGAUUGAGGCUCUUGCGAAGGAUGGCAAACCGAAACUUGCGUACGAUUUGUAUCUGAGGGCUCAAAAUGAGGGCCUUAAACUCUCUCCGAAGGCUUUUGAUGCAGUUAUGCAUUCCUCUCAUGCUUAUGGGGCUACUAUUGACACAAGUGCUUUAGGACCCCGGCCACCAGAUAGAAAGAAGAAAGUUCCAAUCAGGAAAACUUUGACUGAAUUCUGUAAUUUGGCUGAUGUUCCACGAAGAAGCAAGCCUUUUAGCAAGAAGGAAGUUUAUGCCUCACGAGUAGAAGGAGAACAAUGA